CUUCUCUUCCAGUCUGUUCAGGAGGGAACUUUCUCUCUUUUCCCCUCUGGCUCUGCUCUCAUCACUUGGUUUGCAGUUUGAGCAAAGCUAAGCAGGGAGCUUCCAGAGCUCUUUGUCCAGUUUCGAAAAACUUCAGGGAUUCUUGAGGGAGCUAAUUUGGAAGAAGCGGAAGGGGGAGCGGAAAAACAAAAGAAAACAAAGGAAGGAAGAAAGGAGAAUAAUGGUGAUCUGGUCUUGCCAAGAAAUCUUUUCAGUGCAAACUGUGAAGAAGGGAGAACCUGGCUCAUCACCGUGGGGUGAGGAAGAGGACUCAGCAGCUGUGGGUUUAAACUUUGGCUCCAUCUUCCACUGGAGUUUACAUAAAUAGAACAUCUUCUGCUGAGGCAGGGCUCAAUGAGCUAGCCUGGCAUUCAAACAACUGAAUGGGACAAGAAUCCAGCUUGGUCUCUAGCCGGGUUUUGGGGUGGUUGUAUUAAAAUCGAGACAUUGCAGCACUUUUGGAAACUUAAUAACAUCACAGAGGAAAUUAACUUUAUGGUGCAUGUGUCUUUGACUGUUUCAGCUUGAAGAUUAUUUUCUUGUUACUGAAAACAGCUCUACAGCACUGGUGGAUUUAAUUGCUUUUUUUUUUUUUUUUUUUUAAAGAGAGAGUUGUUUCUAUAAAACUUGCCAAAGGAUUUGAAAGAACAAACCCUAGGUUGGGAGGGUAGAUUGUGAUUUAUUUUGGAGAAGGAGAAAGAGAUCUCCUAUCCCUCUUUCUCAGUGGAAGGUGCUUGGAUAAUAACCUCCCUUAGAAGUCUGAAUGCUUGGUCCAGCAUGGCUGUUUAUGCUCUCACAGGUUUCUCGCUAGUCAGCCUGCUUAGUUUUGGCUACUUGUCCUGGGACUGGAUGAAACCCAGCUUGGUAACAGAUGUUUCCAUGGACCCAAUGGAGAAAUCCCUCCCUCCUGCCUUUUCCAAGCCACCUCACAUCAUCUUCAUUCUGACUGAUGACCAGGGGUACCAUGAUAUUGGGUACCAUGACUCAGACAUACAGACACCAAUGCUAGACAGGCUAGCAGCAGAAGGAGUUAAACUGGAGAAUUAUUACAUCCAGCCCAUCUGUACCCCAUCAAGGAGCCAACUUAUAACAGGCAGGUACCAGAUCCACACGGGCCUUCAGCACUCCAUCAUCCGGCCCCGGCAGCCCAACUGCCUGCCCCUGGAUCAGAUCACGCUGCCCCAAAAGCUGCAGGAAGCCGGCUACUCGACGCACAUGGUGGGCAAGUGGCACCUUGGCUUCUACAAAAAGGAAUGCUUGCCCACCCGCCGAGGCUUUGACACCUUUCUGGGCUCCCUGACAGGCAAUGUGGAUUACUACACCUACGACAACUGCGAUGGACCCGGCGUCUGCGGCUAUGAUCUGCACGAAGGGGAGAAUGUAGCGUGGGACCAGAGUGGGAAGUACUCAACCUUCCUCUAUACCCAGCGAGUGAGCAAGAUCCUGGCCACCCAUAACCCCAAGGAGCCCAUCUUUAUCUAUGUGGCGUUCCAAGCCGUGCACACGCCCCUGCAGUCCCCCAAAGAGUACAUCUACCGCUACCGCUCCAUGGGCAACGUGGCUCGGCGCAAAUACGCCGCGAUGGUGACGUGUAUGGACGAGGCCGUGAGGAACAUCACCUGGGCACUCAAGAAGUACGGUUACUAUGACAACAGCGUGAUUGUGUUCUCCACGGACAACGGCGGGCAGACAUUUUCUGGGGGAAGCAACUGGCCUCUGCGAGGCCGCAAAGGGACCUAUUGGGAAGGCGGGGUCCGCGGCAUUGGCUUUGUUCACAGCCCCCUGAUCAAACGCAAGCGCAGGACCAGCUGGGCCCUGGUCCACAUCACAGACUGGUACCCUACGCUGGUGACCCUGGCUGGGGGCAACGUGUCUGAAGCCGAGGGCCUGGAUGGGUACAACGUGUGGCCGGCCAUCAGUGAGGGCAAGGAGUCCCCGCGCACCGAAAUCCUACACAACAUUGACCCCCUCUACAACCACGCCAAGCAUGGCUCCCUGAAGGGCGGCUUUGGCAUAUGGAACACAGCUGUGCAGGCCUCCAUACGGGUGAGGGAAUGGAAGCUGCUGACUGGUGACCCUGGCUACAGCGACUGGAUCCCGCCUCAGAUGCUGACCAACUUCCCAGGGAGUUGGUGGAACCUGGAGCGGCUAACGGACAGCGUGCGCAAAUCCGUCUGGCUCUUCAACAUCACAGCCGACCCCUAUGAGCGCGAUGACCUGUCAGACCAGCGCCCGGACGUGGUCAGGGCUCUCUUGAAGAGGCUGGCCCAUUACAACCGGACUGCGAUCCCAGUUAGGUACCCGGCUGAGAACCCCCGGGCCCACCCGGACUUCAACGGUGGUGCCUGGGGGCCAUGGGCCAGCGAGGAGGAAGCGGAGGACUGGGAGGGAGGUGGCGGGCUGCUGAGAAAUAAAAACAAGAAGAAGAAGUGCAAGAUCUGCAAGCUGCGCUCCUUUUUCCGGAAGCUGAACACCAGGCUGAUGUCAAACCGCAUCUGAUGGGGUUGCUGCAGAGCUCCAGAUGCAGCUGCUCAAGGUGGGUGUUCCAAAUGGCCAGGACAAUGGGAGGGAGAGAGGCAGAUGGCCACAGAAACAGCAGCGCCCUCUCACUUUCCCUUGUCCCAGUGGACACAUGCACAGGGCCAGCCAUGCACAACAGCCUCCAGAUGUCUUUUCCUCCGGUCUCCCCCAAAUUGAGCAACCUGUAGGGAUAGCCAUCCGGUCUGCAAGGAGCAGGUGUCCAGGUUAAGGUGGCCGAGGGAGAGUGACGGGGGUUCUGCAAUCCUGUUUAGUGGAUGUUACAUCGGUCGCAGGUUGUCGAACUGUCCAGCCCGUUCCAGCGCAAAAGAAUGAAACUUGUCUUAAGCGAUCAACCCAGGGACCAGUUCAAACGCACCAUCCUGGGAGCAAAGCUUUAAAAGCAGAUCAAACCCAUGGUACUUGAAGCUGCAUGGGGAUAUUUUCAUGUGGUUCAUAUGAGGAUGGCUGGCCUGCUGAAGGCUGCUUCAGGACAGUUUUCCCUGGUUGUCUCUCUAUAAAAUAUGCUGUCACCCUAUGGAAUCCUAGUGAGUGUGCUACAUCAUGUGCCCCUGCUCUGGGAAAACAGCCUAGGGUGACCAGACAGCAAGUGUGAAAAAUCAGGACAGGAGUGGGGAGUAAUAGGAGCCUAUAUAAGAAAAAGAUCUCAAAAUCGGGACUGUCCCUAUAAAAUCGGGACAUCUGGUCACCCUAAAACAGCCUGUGCAUCCUCACUCAGCUCCGGCCACAUCUUUUUCCUCCUGAAGACUUUACGGAGGUGGUAGCGCGGAGAAGGCGAGGGAACUUAUUUUUAUGUUGAAGGUCCCUGGCUCAGAGACUAGGCAGAGUCUGGGACAGCAAGAGAAUACUAUCCCUAAUGGACACAAAGGCAAACAGACUGUAUAUAGGCCUGGAUCAGUGUAGCCCUAAGGUGUAUUGGAGACACGUUUGCACUGAGAACUUGUGGGGCGUUAGCUGUUUCAAUGUAAAGCAACCCCAGUUUACACUCGUCUAUCGUACAGACUCAUGCAUGUACCACACACGUGGACAUGUAUGUGUGGACUCACAUACAGCCACCCCAACCACAAUGGGUUUGAAAGAAGGUAGCUCCCUGAUUCUCAGCUCCCAGGGGUGUCCUCUGCCAGAUAGCCACCCCCUGCCCCUACCUUUGCAGGGACAGUGACACAGCAGAACAGCUUGCCUCAUGGCCUUGCUGCCAUGUUGAUGCAUGCCAACUCUGGAACAGAGGACCAGGUCUUUCAGACACUUGCUCUGCAUGGUCUGUUUUCCAAGGUGUGCAUGGAUUCCCAGGGGAUCCACAAAGAGCUAGUGGCAAAUGCAGUGCAGCUUGGCGACGGGGAUGUAAGGCGGGAUCAGCGUGUAGUAACACCUUGCUGGGCUGCAAACCGCCGGCAUCUCUUUUGUUUGUUCCCAGAGCAGUUCCUUACUCAACACACUCCAAUGAUGUGUUUGCAACAAACAGGCACCCACUGCUUCCCUGGCUGCCGAGUGAGUCUCCAUGAUUGCUCAGUCCUGCCAGCAAGGAGGGGACACCAUACCACCCUCCUUCCUUGGGAAUUUAACUGAGGAGAUAUCCAAGGCUAGUCUCCUCUGAGCGUGACAGGGUGCAAAUUGCUGGUCCUCCACUUCUGCUUCCUUUUACUGCUGAUCUUUCUGUGGCGUGUGUGUGAGAGAGUGUGUGCCCGUGUGUGCCACGGAUGGGGGCUGGCCAGGAAGAAAGAGGGUAAAUGGCUUUAAAAGCAUUUUUAACAUGUGGCACAUUUACAUUUACACAAUGCAUUUUACAUUUCUCCCCACAGGUUUCUCUUGGUGCAGUGUGUGUAGGCGACAGCCCUGCUGUGAAUUUUGAAAAUAGUUAUUUUUGUCUCUGGAAAUUGAGGCCUGUUAGGACUUGUCAGCUUUUGGAUGAGCAGUGUAGGCCUUCUUUUUUUUUUUUUUUUUUUUUUUUUUUUUUCAAAAUAACAUUCAUUUUAAAUCUGUCACUGAAGAAUGUGACAACUGGCAGCAUUUUCACUGACUACCUUGCAGAGUGCUUUCCCGUUGUCUCUGUAUGUGUGUGUGAGGAAAGAGACAGAGACGAGGCUGGGGAGGGGAGAUGAAUACAAUGACAUUUGUAUUUUUUUUAUUAUUAUUUAGAUUAUUUGAGGAUUGUGAUUUUAUAUAGAAAAAGGAGGGGAAAAACCUCAACAGCAAGGGAAAGAGAAACGAGAGGCCAUGUUACCCUAGAGAUGGGCAAAAAUGGGAGCUUUUGCAUUACCCACAAACAGGGCAUGAAUCGAUCUACCUAUCUAUACGGUAACCAUCACUGCACUAUGGCCCCCAUCCUGCAAGUUGUUUCGUGAGAACAACCUCCCGGAAUUCAGUAGGGCUCAGCGUGGGUUCCAGGGCCUGGCCAGGUGGAACAGUUUGCAGGAUUAGAGCACAGUCCAGAGUCUCCUAUCAAACUCACAGAUAGAGGUGGUAGUUUCUCUUUCCUCAUCCCCUGGUUGAGAUCUGGGUCCUGUUGAGCUGCUCUCAGCUCCAUUUGGGAGGGAAGUAUUCUGACACUGGGAGCGGGUUCCGGUUUUGGGUUGUCUCUGUGUCAAAUGAUGGUGGGCGAAACUGGCAUCAGAAUUGGUUUUCCAAAACCAAAGCCAGCAGUAGUGGCUGAGAUUGGAGUUCAGUUUAUUCAGCUUUGCCAUCACCCCACCCAGUGUAGAGCGAAGUGCAGAUCAGUAGUUCUAGCUUUGGCCCAUCUCCCUGGUACAUUGGCAAGGUUAUGACCAGUUACAAAGCAGCCACAUAGAGCCACUUACCAUAACAGACCUAAAAUCGCCUACCAGCUCUGAUGACCCCGGGGAGAGACUAUGUGUUAUAAGUGGCUUGUUAGAAAAAUCAUCACAGCAACAGAGUAGAGCAUUCCAUCCCCUUAUGCAUCGUGCUUCAUUUAAUGAAUAAGUAAAUGAGAUUUCACCUAUGGCCCCCAUUUAGCAGAGCACUUCAGCAGGUGCUUAACUUUAAGCAUGCGCUUAAGUGUGUCUGUAUUCAGGCAAACACAUAAUCACAUAAGUAAAUGCUUUGCUGAAUAAGGACGGAUUUAAAUACAUGCUUAAAGUUAAAUAUAUUUUAAACACUUUGCUGAAUCAGGGCCUAUGGGAAGAAUCCAGAGAGAGCAAAAGAAAAGGUGAAAAAGAGCUAAUAUAAAGAUCAGACACAGAAUCAAAGCAAACGGGGAUGCUAUGCGAAAACAAAUAAUUGUUGAUCAUUUGAGAAAACAGCUUUAAUGGGAAGUUGGACGUGGGCAACUGUUAUAACCAAAUUAGGA